AUGGCUUUCUAUGCCAAUUGCCUGGAUUGCUCAGCGAAGUGGUUUGCGAAGAAGCUCAUCAUCGUCCACUUUAUCAAGGAUGAGAACCCAAUUGCCGAUCUUUUCGUCUUGAAGCCAGUUGCCAACGAGCUGGCGACCUUUGGAUCCUGCCUCAGGAAUUUUAGCUCAGUCGGCCAAAUCGCGAAGACUUUUUCAUAA